AUGGCGCAGGCAAACCCCGACUCCAAGGUCGCGUACGACGACGGCGCGAAGCGCAAGGAUGAGGGCGUCGAGGACUACGCGGUCGAGAACCUCGAGGAUGAGCCCAAGAGGGACUACAGCGGCGCCGUCACCACCACCGACCCGGCCGAGGUGGCGCUGGUGCGGAAGUUGGACUGGCGCAUCAUGCCGACGUUGAUGGUCAUGUACUUCCUCAACUACGUCGACAGGAACACCAUCGCACAGGCCAGGCUAAACGGCCUGGAAAAGGACCUCGGAAUGACGGGGAACGACUUUAACGUCACCGUUUCCAUUCUUUUCGUCGGCUACGUCCUGACGCAGGGUAUGUGCGGAAUCCCUAGCAACAUGUUGAUCACCAGGAUACGACCCAGUCUGUACAUGAGCUCAUGGAUGAUAAUCUGGGCUAUCGUUUCGGCUUGCACCGGCCUGGUGCAGAACUACGGCGGCAUGGUGGCGUGCAGAUUUAUCCUGGGUAUUACCGAGGCUCCGUUCUACCCCGGUGCGACCUACAUGCUGUCCAUCUUCUACCCCCGCCGCGAGGUCGCCGCCCGCAUCGCGCUGCUCUACUGCGCCCAGAUCCUGGCCACCGGCUUCUCGGGCCUGAUCGCGGCCGGCGUUUUUGAGGGGAUGCACAUGGUCCGGGGGCUUGCCGGAUGGCGCUGGCUCUUCAUCAUCGAGGGCUCCGUCACGAUGCUCGUCGGCAUCUUCGGCUUCUGGCUGCUCCCGGACACGCCGCUGACGACGCGCUGGCUCACGCCCGAGGAGCGCGAGCUGGCGCACGCCCGCAUGGAGCGCGACCGCGUCGACGACCAGGGCGAGACGUCGACCAUGGUGGGGCUCAAGCAGGCCGUCAAGGACCCCAAGACGUGGGUCUUCUGCCUGAUGCAGAACUUCCACCUCUCGGCCUGCUCCUUCAACUCCUUCUUCCCGACCGUGGUGGCAACGCUCAAGUUCAACACCACCAUCACGCUCCUGAUGACGUGCCCGCCCUUCAUUGUGGCCGGCGCGUUCGGCAUCCUGUUUGGCUGGAGCUCAGGCCGGCUGCACGAGCGCACCUGGCACGUCACGGCCGGGCUGGGCAUGGCCGUCGUCGGCUUCGCCAUCGCCGCCUCGACCCUGACGGUGGCGGGGCGGUACACGGCCUGCUUCAUCUUUGCCGCCGGCGCCUACUCGGUCAACUCGGUCAUCAUCGGGUGGGCGUCAUCGACGUGCGCGCAGACCAAGGAGAAGAAGGCUGUGGUCCUCGCCAUGACCAACGUGGCCGGCCAGAUCGGCUACAUCUACGGAGCCUACAUCUGGCCCAGCACCGACUCCCCGCGCUACACCAUUGGCUUCAGCGCGUCGGCCGCCUUCUCCGUCUGCUCCGUCGCCUGCGCCUGGUACAUGCGCCUCAUGCUGCAGCGCGAGAACAAGAGGAUGCUGGCGAACGCGAACGGCGCCCCCGUCAACCUGUAUGGAUUCUGA